UCCGGUUCUGGGACUUUCUAUGGGGGCUUAAUAAAGGUCUAGGGGAACAGCUGCCAGAUAGUUGAGCGGACAACUUACCUCUCGACUGCUCCUUGAAUACUUCCUCCCUGCCUCCCUCGGAUUUCCUUAAGAGAGUUGUUUUGUGCGUCUAAUAUAGUCAUACUCGUUCGGUCCUUCACUGGUCCUGUAUAAUCUCAUGAAUAUUUAUAGUACUCCGUCGACGCAGCAAAUCAGCUGAGAUCCUUCUGCAUACAUUUAUUGUGUAAUUCACGAAAUUUACAUCUGUCAAUCCCUGCGGUAGCCUACUAACCCGCAUCCGCAGUUUAUCGGAACAUCUCAAUUCUUUUAAAAUCAGCUAAAUCCUGUCAUGGCCAAAUGGGGAGAGGGAGACCCGCGCUGGAUUGUGGAAGAAAGAGCAGAUGCGACAAAUGUCAAUAACUGGCACUGGACAGAGAGAGAUGUUACGAGCUGGUCUCAAGAUACAAUAAAUAGCCUUCUUCUUGGGCUUUGUGUAGAGGGUGAAGAAGGCUCAUGCGAGAUCACAGACGUCAGCAACAUUGACGGCGAGGCCUCUAUCAACAACCGCAAAGGGAAACUCAUCUACUUCUAUGAGUGGGUUGUUAAAGCCUCAUGGACUGGUACAAAUAAAAUAGGAAUCAAAUAUAAAGGCACUGUUGAAAUACCAAAUCUCUCUGAUGAAAAUGACAUGGAUGACUUAGAUAUUUGUGUUAAACUUUGUAAAGAUCAGCCAAACACACCUCUGACUGACCUCAUGAGGAAGGAGGGAGUCAAGAAAAUCAGGAUGGCACUGGACAACUAUGUCAAACAUCUCAAAACAGAGUUCUCUCAGGGUAUGAUUUUACCAACAGAAAACGCACUCAACAAACAGAAUCAGGAGACACAAGCCAAGGUCAAACUAGACCAAACCCAAAUGGGAUCCUCCACAACAAAAAACGCUUCCAACACUGGAGUUAAAAUUUCAACAGUAUCUUUGACUAUGAAAGACACGUUUCUUACCUCACCAGAAGAGUUGUACAGGGUUUUCCUAAAACAAGAGAUGGUACAAGCUUUUACACACCUUGCUGCCUCUGUGGAUGGGUGCUCAGGUGGCAAAUUCCGGCUGCUGGAAGGAAAUGUUUAUGGGCAGUUUGCAGAACUGAUUCCAGACCAGAAAAUUGUCAUGAAAUGGAGGUUUUCAAGUUGGCCAGCUGGACACGCAGCAACUGUCAUUUUAAACUUCGUAAAUAAAGGUAGCGAGACAGAGCUGAUUCUGGAGGCCAGAGGAGUUCCCAGCAAUGACGAGGAAAGAAUGAAAGAGGGCUGGCAGAGAUACUACUUUGAUGCCAUUAAACAGACGUUUGGUUAUGGAGCACGACUCUGUUAAGCCAAAGCUCAUGUUGUGCCGUGCCAGAAAAUUGGGACAUAAUAAAAAUAGAUAAAAAAAAAACACAUACGCACAUAAAACACUUGUUGUAUUUCUUGCAUGUGCUAGUUAAUUUCUGGUUUUCCACAAACAUCUGUGCCUUUACGGUGAAAAAUAGGUGCCUGUAUGUUUUAAUCUUAUUAUUAAUUUUUUUUGUUUUGUUUUUUUGCUAUUGCAUUUGCAUUAGAACUUGUCAUGUUUGAAUGUAACAUGUAUGUUUGAAUAUUAUGUCUGGGCAUUCCAGAUAUAGAUAAUGAGCUUUUCACUUUGUCUGUGAUGAAGCAAAAGUCGAAUUGAUUGUAUAAUCAUGAUGCCUCUUGAAUACAUUGUCAAUUCUGUGUUGUACUUGUAAUAAAACAAGAAGUUUUAACUUUUAAGAACCA